ACUUUGAUUAAAAAAAAGGAAGAGUAAAAAUUACAUGAUGCAGUGAGCAACAGACUUCCAUCAUGGCAAAGUACAGAAGAAAUGUGAAUAUUGGUUAAUUUCUUCUUGAAAAAAGACUUGUAGCAGGUUGUUAUGGCAGUUAAAACAGACAGAAUUUUCCUAUAAAAAUGAAGUGUCAUGUUUCCAUAGAAACUCAGUGCAAAAUAAUUUUUCAAAAAUGACAGGAAUGGAGAUUCCACCACACUUUAUUGAACACAGAUCAGUGUCAGCCAAUUAACUGCUACCAACCAGUAAGAGAGAUGUCAAUAGAUGUGAUUAGGUGUCCAUUCUCCAGGUAAACGGAGACAGGUGUUUACAGGAUUAUUAUUGUUGAUGGCUUUAUAUACAAAAUCUUUUCUACAAAACCUAAAAAAGUACUGAAGACAAAAGAUGGGAUCAGGAGCCAGCACAUUAACUCCACCAUCCUCCCCUGAACCUGAAAGUCCUGUAACAGUAAGAAGACAUGCACGUUCUUCUCAAGCUGUGAAUCAGAACAACAGACAUUUGGUGAGAACCAAUGAAGUAGCUCCAAUCAUCAUCCAUAACUGUAGAGAAGAAUUCCAGCAUGUCUCAGACUUUAAAGAGCCCAUUGUGUUUGGAAGUAUUGCUGAUAACAUGCCAGAACAUGCCCUUAUAAAGGGUAAAUAUUUCCUGGUGAAAGAUAUCCCACAGAAAACAGACAGAAAAUAUGAGUUUUACAGGGCUCCAAACUUCAGAAAAGCAUGCCCUAAUUUGCCUGUAUGGGCAUGUGGUCAACCAACAGAACGAGGUCUGUCAACUAUAUUGGAUAGCUUGUCUAAUGAAGGUUUCACUGACAUUCUGUUAUUCAAUCUGAGAGAAGAACCUGUAUUAUUUGUUGACUCUGGCUCAGACAUGCUACCAUAUACCAUUAGAGACAGAGAUAACUUAGAAAGCCUUGUCCUACUCGGAAGAAGUCCACAGGAGGCAGAUGAAGCAGAGGCCAGAGUUAGAAAAGAAGUGAUAGAUCUAGCCAUCUUGAAUGACAAAAACAAGUUUUAUUUCUAUGGUGAUAUAGAAAAUCCACAGAAAGAGCUUCGAGAGCUAACAGUUCAGUAUGAGGAUAAUUUACUAGUUUCAGAGGAAGUGUAUUCUAGACAUAUGUUGUGCUCACACAGUGUCAGGUUUAAAAGAUUAUGUUUUCCCUUAGAAGCUUCUCCGACAGAUGAAGAUAUUGAUGACUUUUUAAAUGUAUUUAAGGAAUGUCCAAAGUUUUUUGAGAAAUCCAAAUCAUGUAAUCCAGGUCUGCUGUUUACCUGUAAUUCUGGUCAGGACAGGGCUACAGUUGGAUCUAUUAUGGGAUGUCUUGUGCUUGCACAAAAAUACGGCUUUCCUCAGGAUUUAAAUAGAUCUCAACAUCAAUCAUCAAAGAAAUAUAACAGCUUACAAAAAGGGGACUACUACUCGGUCCGAAAACUUGUCAGAAUAAUUCCUAAUGGUGUCCAUAUCAAAAACCAGGUUGAUCAGCUGAUUGACCACUGUUCAGAUUACUGUCAUCUCAGAAUACUUAUCUAUGAUCUUGUACAGAAGCUGGAAAGAAUAGAAAGGAAUGGCUCUCAAAAGACCAAUGAUUUGAUAGACCGAUUGUUUACAAGGUGUUGUCAUUUGUUAGAGAGAUAUGUGUUUCUUAUUUGUUUCAAUGCAUAUCUAACAGAACAGUUUCCACAGUGGUUCUCUUUGAGUUUUAGUCAAUGGAUGCAAAGACAACCAGGAUUGACAAGAAUACGUGGAAAUGUUGGCUCUCCAGAUAUACAAGUUCCCGUUGAUUUAUUAUUUACUGGUCAACAUUAUCUGGUGGCAGAUGAAUACAUUGGUUUAGAUGUAUUAAGUACUCAGUCAGAUGUUAUGGUUUCUAACUUCAGACGGAUAAACAUUAAAGGAUUUCCCAUCUAUGGAAUGGCACAACCAGCCAGACAUGGAGUGACAAAAGUAACAAACCAUCUUUUAAGUAGGAAAGUAGGUCACACUUUCCUUGUUUUGAUUAACCUGAGAAAUGAUUGCUCCAUAGAACUAGAUGGUAAUACCUACAGCAUCAGAGAUUCCAGUUGUCUGGAGGAACCAAUUACACAUCCAUUAUUACAUAGUCAAGAAUUAGAGGAAAUAGGGGAAGAAAUAAAGAAAGCCAUUAAAACACAUAGAUCAGUUGAGGUUUACCAUGAGUUAUCUGAGCCAUCAGAGGUGAUUGAGGUCAGUAGUAUAUUGACCCCACAGGAGCUGGCAUUACAACAGAAACUUCAGACACUAGAUAUGCAGUACUACCGAGUCCCUCUCACCCAUGAUAUGACACCAUGUGAACAGGACUUUGAUGACAUAUCAUCUGUCAUCUGUGAGCAUUGUCUAAAGAACCAACCUAUCAACAACACAGCAUUUUUGUUUUACUGCAGGACAGGCAAAAAUAGAACGACGCUAGCUAUGGCUAUAGCUGGUUUAAUUAUGUGUCAUAUACAGGGGUUUCCAAAAGGAGCUAAUAUUGGUGAACAAGAAAGAGUUUCAUGUCCGAAUGCACAGUAUACAAAAGGAGAUUUUAUGAUUGUACAAAAACUGGUUAGACUAUUACCAAAAGGCCAACAAAUAAAACGAGAGGUUGACUUUAUUCUUGAUGAAAUAUUUGAAACGAUGUCACCUAUGCAUUUCCAUAUAAGGGAGGUUAUAUUUGUGAUUUACAACAAGAUCAAAAAUGCAAAGAAUGAUGAAGACAAACAACAUCUGAAACAGCAGAGUAUAGAUUCUCUAGAAAGAUAUUUGUAUCUAAUAAUGUUCAACGCUUAUCUCCAUCAUGAUAAGAAAAUACAGUGGUCAAGAUCCUUCAGUGAAUGGAUGAAAAAGGUUGCUGUGAAAAUUGGGGUGUAUCAGUUACUUGACAAUUUGGGUUUCUAUGACUUUGAGAAAGUUCCUACAUCAUUUAAGACAAUGAAAGAGCGAUGGUGUAAUCGUGGACAGAAUUUACCGUUUCAGGGGUCAUUCGUCUAACUGGUCAAAUUUCCUGGAAAUAUUAAUAAUGACAGAAUUAAUGAAGUGAUUAUAUAUUAUAAAUAUGUGAUAUUUAUUUUAAGCAGUUUGUGGUUUUAUAAGAUAUGUUUUAUCAAAAUGAAAGUUUUAUAACAAUUGUCAUGACUCAUGACAUACCUAGUUUACCUUGUAUAUUCUAUUGGUAAAUGGAUAUAGGAUUGUAUAUUCCAACACAUGGAUUAUAUCCUGAACCACAAGAAGAGAUUUUAUAUGAAUUUAAAAGAAUUAAGAUAUACUUUACUAUUUACCAGAAUUCUCCACCACCCUUAAAAUAAUUGUCUUUUUAUCAUCAUUGUUUAUUUUCAAUUAAAUUGUAAAUAAAAAUGGAAGGUUAUUAUACAUAUAUAUCUACUUACAGUCAUGGGUAAAUUAUUUUAUAAGGCUCUUUCAGGAAAAAACAUUACUGCUUAUAUAUAAAUGUGGCCAGGGGUUGGACAUCACAUGAUAUUUCGAUAUUUUUUCUGUUGGUAAGGAAGCAUAAACAGGUAAUUCUGUUACAAAUGAAAAUAAAAAAUAUUGAUGGUGAGAUAUAGAAAAGUGUUGUUUGCCACAAUCAGUCUACAUUUUUUCCCUGAAAUUACCCUAAUGUGAUUAUCAUGAUCAUCCCAUAGAUGAAUGCUUUUUAUUCUAAUCACUUUAGAAAAAAGGCAAUGAGAACAUAUUAUAUUUAUUUCAAACAUACAGUAAAUUCAAAAUUGAUUGAGUGCUUUCUUUAUUGCAUUUUUGAAGAAUGUACAAAAAUACAAGAUUUAUUAUGUGAAUUUGGGAAGAGGAGCAUAUAGAGAUUGCUUACUUAUUUUUGUGAUACUCACCCAUUCACAUUAUUGCAUUAUUUGUAUUAAUAAAAACCUCAUAAUAAUAAAUGCAUUUGCUGUAAUCCAUAAAUAUAAAAG